UGCGAAGGCUUUGGUCGUAAUCGACUAGUCCAGGGAAUCAAUCAAGAAAUAUUAAAAAUAGAGUGAUCGGUUGAUAUAGCGAUUUCACCUAAUCUAAUUGCGCCUUUGCCGUUCGUUACGGGUCCCCUCAGCACUCCGCACACCAGCUGCUCGACGGAAUGCCUGAUCGGCGCUUGAGGAACAAGGCGCCGGCGGAGUGCGGCGAAGACCCGUUCCGCGCGCUCCCGGACGCCGUCGUGCAGCACGUUUCCUGCCGGCACUGGACGCUGUGCGGACCUCCGUGCUCACCGGCGCUGGCGCCCACUCUGGAGAUCCAUGGGCCUGCGCAUGGCCGACAUCCAGGCGCUGGGCGACGUCGGCAUCCUCAACAGGUUCGUCAGACAAGUGCUGCUCGGCCGCGAACCCGGCGCAACUCUAGCAGAGUGCGAGAUCGAUCUCCGUGGGUUCUCGCGAGUGGACGGUACAUGCGCCGACCUCUGGAUACGCCAUGGUUCCAGGUGCCAUGUACAGGUGCUGCAAGUGCGCUUCUAUGCUGAAGAGCGUGUUGUACUGGCGGACUGGCCUCUCUUCUCCAGACGCCUGGUCAGAUUAGAGCUUCACGGUAUCGCUUUGAGAGAAAGCUUUCUGGAUUUUUCAAGCUGCCCGGUGUUGGAGGAUCUGGAGAUUACCAAUUGCCUACUCGCUGCUGAUAAGAUCUUGUCUGGAUCGUUGAAACUUCUUAAAAUUACAGGCUGUGAACUCAUUUGGCUAUUUCUCCCAACUCACAUUUCUGCUCGGAGUCUUAUUUCACUGCAACUAGACGAUUAUGUCGGAGUAACUCCUAUUCUUGAAAGCAUGCCAUCACUGGAAAAAGCCUCUGUCAAGCUGGGCCAAAACAAUGAGGAUUACUGUGACUACUGUGAUAAUGGUGGCUCUGGAGAAUGUACUUGUGACAUGUGUUUCAUAGAUUAUAAUGCUAACGUAGCAGGAGUAGUGUCAGUAUUCUUCUUGGAGGUUUGUCAAGUGCGGCAUAUUUGGAAUUGGAAGCUUCCUCUGAAAUGGUACACAUACACUUCAUUACAGCUUGCUUACUAUUGCAUUGCUCUUUCACAGAUUACAUUUAAAAGGGAUCUGAGAUGUUGCCCUACAUUUAUUAAUCUAAAAACUUUGCUACUCAAUGACUGGUGUUUGGUUGCUGACAUGCAUGCACUACUUUGCUUUCUCCAACAUACACCAAUUCUUGAGAAAGUCAUUCUCCAACUCUGUAAGGUGCAUAUGUCUUCUAAAUAUGAUUGGUGUUGCCUUUUUAGAACCAGGACGCAGGAUUCAUCUUUCAAAGUGUUAUAUUUUCUGCAGAAACCCAAAGCUGCUGUGGAAACGGAAGGCAGCAAUCUAAUGGAAUAUUCACUUACACUGAGACAACUUAAGAUAGUUGAGGUUAAAUGUCCAACAAUUGUUGAAAGGGUUCAAAACGUUUUGAAGAUAUUGCGUGCCUGCACCAGUUGCCUCGAUCAUGUUAUUGUCCAAGAGAUUUAAAAUGUAAAUUUGAUUUAAGUUUCUUAGCACUUUCGAACCUUAUAUUUCUAUUGUUUAACUUUCUAUAUUUAAAUUCGUAAACAUCCCAGAUUACACUUUGGUAGGAACAAAUACCAGUUUCUGGGAUGAUAUAUGAGUAGGAAAAUAAUCUUCAGGUUAGAAAUAUCCCAUACUUUGUAAUAUUUCUUUUUGGAAACAACUGAAUGUUGCUUAGUUAUCUGACAAACACUGGGAUGGUAUCGAAUGCAGAUGUAGUCUGACUGGAGAAAAUUUAGAGGCUAGGAAAAAGUUGCAAGAUGUCUGCUCAAGGGUGUCAUUGAGUGAAGAUUGAAUACGAAUUAAUUAGGAUUUUAACCAGUAGUGGGAAGUUUUGUUUCAGAUUCUUCCAUAUAGCACUAAAAGUUCCAUCUAUAUAGCUUUUCCGCACACGUUCGCUCCAACAACAAAUUCCAGGAAAAACCAAGGUGGGAAAACCAAGGUGUUGUCACACCCAGUUUUAAUGCAUAAGGAUCAAGUUCAGUGACUUCAUCAGUGAAUAAUUAGCAACAGUAUCACAAAAAGUGAACUAAAAGACUAUAAAAAUUAUCAGAGUUAUAUAGCUUAUUCUGAAAACGAAGGCUUCAAACUUCACAGGCAAUCGACCGGGGGUUGCGUAUGCCUAGAACUCGGCAUCAUCUUCAACAGACUUCACAUCAAUUUUCUUUUCUGAGCAGCAAUUAUAACACACUUAUGGUUGGUAGUCAGCAAGUGUUGGGCAUGAAGGCCAAAAGUAAGGAAAUGCCGUCUGGCUUACUGCGAUAAGCAAUUUUAGUUGGUCAAAUUUUAUUAACACCUGAUUAUAUACCAACCCACGUUAAAAGAAACAGAAGAGAUAUAGCAGAAGCAUAAUGAUAACUAUAAACAUGGUCCAUGAUUUAUUUUAUCUUCAAGUUUAUUAAUCAUGUGAGGGUCCAAGCCGCUCUUAACCGUGAGCACG